CGCAACGUUUACUAGCAGUCAGCAAAGAUUCUUCUCUCGAAAAUAAUGUUCCGAAAUAAAGACAGCAUUACGCGAAGGAGAACUCCAUAAAGGAUUAUAUCCUGGAAAAUUUAAAACAUUGAUUCAUAAAACAGAAGAACGUUUUUCAAGGAAAGAGGAGGAAUGCCAAAAAUAAGUCAUGACACGCUGUGGGAACUGGCCGCAUCGGAGGUGCACAGUCGAGAGAGCGGAGCCGACGAUGAAGAAGGUGAUACCGCCAGCAAUCCGGGAAUCGGUGAAAGAACCGUGUUCUUCAUAGGGAGCAAGGCAGGGGGUAAGACCACAAUUCUGCUCCGAUGUCUGGACAGGGAUGAGCCAGCGAAGCCCACUCUGGCUCUGGAGUACACCUUCGGAAGGAGAGCUCGGGGACACAACACGCCCAAGGACAUCGCUCACUUUUGGGAACUGGGCGGGGGAACGUUGCUGUCCGAUCUGAUCCAGAUCCCCAUCACCGCACAGAACGUGAGGACCCUGUCUGUGGUUCUGGUGGUGGACCUGUCCAAGCCCAACGUGCUCUGGGGCACCACAGAGCGGCUGCUGCAGGUGGCCCGGGCGCAGGUGGACCGAGCCUGCUCCGGCCCGGGCCAGGGGGAGGGCCGGCCCAAACAGCCCAGCCAGCAGCGCCGAAUCCCAGGGACCCUCAACAAGGACCACCCGGACAGAGAGCUGAUCGACCCUUUCCCUGUCCCGCUGCUAGUCAUCGGCAGCAAGUUCGACGUCUUCCAGGACUUUGACUCGGAGAAGAGGAAAGCGAUCUGCAAGACCCUGCGGUUCCUGGCCCAUUAUCACGGAGCAUCUCUGAUUUUCAGCAGUAAGUCCGAGGCGCUGAUUUCCAAGACCAGAGGUUUCGUCAAUCACCUGGCGUUUGGGACUGACAGGGGGAAGACUGUGUCCACCGACCCCAGCAAGUCCCUCAUUAUUCCUGCUGGGAUGGACUCUCUCAGUCAGAUAGGGUCUCCGCCGGCAUCAGACUUUGACAUUGGGACUCUUCAUGCCCGAAGCCCACUGGACCUGUGGAAGAAGGUGUUCGAGAAGAUCUUCCCAUCUGAGAGCACCAGUGACCCCAAAGACCUGAAGGACCCUGCAAAGGACCCCCAGUACAGCGAGGCAAAGAUAGACUCCAUGAGGGCACAGAAGGACCAGGAGCUGGAGCAGUACAAGAGAAACGCGUCAAAGUCCUGGAGAGCCAUGGACCUGGAGUCUCAGAGGAGCUGACUCACCCACUCUGAGACUCAGUGAUGACUUGCCUUGCAGACGGAGGGCUUGUGUAGUUUGUGAAGUUUCCACAAAGUGUAAAAACUCAAUAUAUUAAUGUGGAUUCGUUGUAUAGAUGGGUAUAUUGGAAUUUGUGUACUGUUCAAAUUUUUCUAAACAUUGUGUACAUUUUAUUGAGAGACUGAAAUGUAUCAAUAUUUACAAUAUAUACAACAUGAGGACAAGUUUUCUGUAAUGCAUAGUGUCAGUGUCAAAUACAAUAAUGGCAAAUGGAAUGAGACUGCUUCACCCGGUCCGGUAUAAUCCGCAAAACGUUUUAUUGUUGUACAUAAAUUGUUUGAUGAUUAACUUCUAUUCUUACAAUAAAUUAUUCUCUCAAAGU